AUGCCGGCAGCCAAUAAAGGUGCUUGCCGGAAUUCCAAAUGGGCGAAAGGUCUAUACCUAAGUGGAUGCUAUUUUCUCCAGGCACAGCGCAUACUUUGCGAGGCAUUUUUGCAUUUAUCGAAUAACGCGGAUGCUUGGGCAUGUCGCAUAGUUACAAGAUUCGACCGGACGGAUAUUGUUCCCUCACAUACCGGGGACCAUGUCCUACCCCUUUCCCCGUUCUUCUCGAAAUUGCUUCGACAUGCGCAUCGUAAAUCGCAGCGAAUUGCUAUAAGGGAUGUCAAUCUCAGAAUCGAAAAAUCAUAUAUAGAAUUUCUCAGUGACGUUCUUGCAGUUCGGAAAGCUCUUCGGUUGAGCCUGUCACCAGAAACCCAGUGGCCAUUGAGACGUGGUGAAGAUAAAUACAUUGCUCUUAUCGCCACUGGCGGGUACGAGUAUGCUGUGGGCUUUGUUGCGAUAUGUGCUCUUGGAGCUGCGGUAGUGCCAAUAACCGUUCUACUCCCAGUCAAAGAAGCAUCUUAUUUUGUGCUCAAAGCUAAAUGCGCCGCCAUUCUAUAUUCUUCCGACGGGGGGAAGUUGGCAGACCCUUUAGCUGCUCAUCUUGAAAAGACUACGUCGGAAAAUAUUGGCUGCAUUCAUAUUGCGAGACACUUUAGGACAUGCCCAUUGCCGCAAGGUGAUAUCGUUCUUUCGUCUGAUAAGUAUCUUGACGACAAUGGGCCUGGGGUGGUUGUUUUCACCUCGGGAACAACGGGGCCUCCAAAAGGUGCUGUGAUGAGGAGAGCAUAUCUGCAUGAUACCUCAGCAGCUGUUGCUGACCAUUUUGGCGUCACCGAGAAAGAUGAGUGGCAGUUUCGACGUGGUUUGGAUGUGGGAGCGCUGGAAGAAAGGCGGCUUGCAUAUAUUCUCUGGAUACCAACUAUCUACAUGAGAAUGAUGCGAUAUUUUGAACGAACCAUUGACCCUCUACCACCUCACGAGGUGUACCAGUAUAUUGCAGGUGCUCGGCAAUUCCGCGCAUUGCUUUGUGGAACGUCUGCGCUCCCAACUCCAGUUCAGGAAUUUUGGACAAAGAUACUCGGUGGCAGGACCAUUUUGUCAAGAUAUGGCGCUUCUGGAAUUGGCCCGGUGUAUACCCCUUCUGUCGAGUCCGAUCCUGUUCCUUCUGGAAGUGUGCGGUCGGUGUUCCCUGGAACUACCGUGAAACUUUCCGAUGGAGAAGAGGGAGAAAUGUUAAUAAAGGGGCCGUACAUGUUUUCAAAGUACCUUUACGACGAAGUCGCUACUGCUGAAGCCCACGAUACAGACGGUUUCUACAAAACCGGAGACGUGGCUCGUCGUGAAGGAAACUGUUACUUCAUCCUCGGCCGCGCCUCUCUCGAUAUCCUCAAAUCUGGCGGCUACAAAAUUUCUGCACUGGAUAUUGAGCGCAAGAUUCUCGGCCUCCCGUAUGUUUCCGAGGUAAUGGUUGUUGGUGUUGCUGACGAUGAAUUCGGCCAGCGAGUCGCUGCCGUGGUCAGCCUGCGAGAUGAUCAGACAAUGUACAGAUGUGCGGAAAAUGGAUGGGUAGGGAAAGAUUUUACUUUGGAUGUUUUGCGUGGAGACCUAAGAAAGAAUCUGGCGGCGUAUAAGAUUCCAACAUUGCUUAGAGUGGUCGAGGGCGAGCUGCCUAAGAGCGGGACAGGGAAGAUUGUGAAAAAGGUGCUUAGCCCCAAAUUCUUUCCAGCGGAUUAUCACAGGGAAUUUGAGGUGCAGGUAUGGGAUUCCAAUAAAAAGGCGAAAAAGGUUGACUCGCAACUAUGA